AUGGAAGUAGCGACGGGCGAGUAUCUACAACAUCAGGCGCAGAAGUUUCGGGUGCAGGACUGCAUUAAGAACCUACAGCAGAAGCAGAGUAUCUCUAUCGUUGGACUUAGAGGGAUAGGCAAGACACAGUUAGCCCUACAGUUUGUGUAUACUGUUAAGGAGACAUGGCAAGACUACUCGGUCUUCUGGCUGCCUGCGCUAAGCAUGGAGAGCUUUGAGCAGGCAUGUGCAGACGUGGCAAAGGCGCUGCACAUACCACAAGCAGCAGACAAAGAAGAAGACACGAAAGAGCUGGUGCAGGAAUGGCUAAGCACAGAGCGAGCAGGGAAGUGGCUAUUAGUGUUGGAUAAUGCUGAUGACCCGGGCGUGCUAUCCGGGAGCAGAGAAGCCAAGGGUAUCGUCGACUACCUGCCACAAAGCGAGGAGGGCGUGACAGUGUACACGACACGCACGUUCGAGGUGGCUGUGUCGCUCAGCGGCAGCGACGUGCUGGAGCUUGGAGCAAUGAGUCAGCCUGACGCAGCUGAUUUCCUUGAGAAGUCGCUGAUUCGAAAAGAGCUGCGAGACGAUAGCGCGAGAGGCCAGCUGCUUGAAGAGCUUGCCUACCUACCACUAGUCAUCGCGCAGGCAGCAGCAUACCUAGAUGUAAACCGCAUGUCGAUUAGGAUGUACUUGAAGCUGCUGCGGAGCACAGAGCAGGGGAUAGUUGGCCUUAUGAGCGAAGAGUUUCGUGAUAAUACGCGAUACAGAGGAUCGGCGAAUGCGGUGGCUACAACGUGGUUAGUAUCGUUUAGACAGAUCCGCGAGCGCAGUGCAGCUGCGGCAGAGCUGCUAGAGUUCAUGUCGUGCAUCGAGUGGAAGGCAAUCCCACGAUCGCUGUUGCCAAGAGCAGGGCUGGAGGAGGAGAUGGAAGUGGCUAUCGGGAUGCUCUCUCGGUACUCGUUCCUCACACGACGAGAGGAUGAUGAAGAUAACGAGGACAAGGACGAGGAUGACGAGGAGGAGCAGGAGGAGUGGUACGAUAUGCAUCGUCUAAGAGCAUAUUUGCCUCAUGUACUACGGCUUCUCGAGAGCGAAGAGGUAGAUAAAGCUAAACCACGGGCGGGGUUGUGUCUGCUAGUCAGGCGGUGUUUAGGGAUGGAAGGCAGGACGCGGGAAGCAGUCAAGAAGGCGGUAGAGCUGCUAGAGCACGUCGUCAAGGUGCGGGAGAUAACGCUAGCAGAGACUCACCCUAAUCAGUUAGGGUCGUAG